AUGGCAUCCUCUAUAUAUUUUUUGGAUUUAAAAGGAAAGAUAUUGAUAUCUCGCGAUUAUAGAGGAGAUAUUCCUUUGAUUUAUGUCGAAAGAUUUCUAUCUUUAAUCUCAGAAUCAGAUGAUACAAUUCCUGCAACUCCGUGUUUUACAUAUGAUGGUGUUCAUCAUUUAUAUGUUCGUCAUAAUAAUUUAUAUAUACUUAUGUUAACAAGAAAAAACUCUAAUGCAGCAGAAUUAUUGCUUUUUCUUCAUAAAAUUAUAGAAGUGUUUACGGAAUACUUUAAAGUUCUUGAAGAAGAAUCCAUACGCGAUAAUUUUGUUAUUAUAUAUGAGCUUUUGGAUGAAAUGAUGGAUUUUGGUUAUCCUCAGAUAACAGAGACGAAAAUUUUACAAGAAUAUAUUACACAAGAAAGCCAUAAAUUGGAAGUUAUGACUUUACCUCCUAUUGCUAUUACUAAUCCUAUUUCAUGGCGUUCUCAAGGAAUUAAAUAUAGAAAAAACGAAAUUUUUUUAGAUGUUGUGGAAUCUUUGAAUUUAUUGAUAAAUUCUAAUGGGAAUAUUGUAAUGAAUGAAAUAGUUGGUGUAAUAAAAAUGAAAUGUUAUCUUUCUGGAAUGCCUGAACUUCGUUUGGGUUUAAAUGAUAAAGUUAUGUUUGAAAAUACUGGUCGAAUAUCAAGAGGCAAAGCUGUUGAGAUAGAAGAUAUAAAAUUUCAUCAAUGCGUGCAGUUGUCUAGAUUUAAUAAUGAUCGGAUAAUUUCGUUUAUUCCUCCUGAUGGAGAAUUUGAGUUAAUGAAUUAUCGUAUGAAUACUCAAGUAAAACCUCUUAUAUGGAUAGAAUCUAUGUUUGAAAAUCAUUCUGGAUCUAGGAUAGAAAUUGCAAUUAAGCUUAAAUCGCAAUUUAAACGAAAGUCUUCAUCAAAUAAUGUUGAAAUUAUUAUUCCUGUCCCAGAUGAUGCUGAUUCCCCUCGUUUUUGUACUUCAAUUGGAAAUGUGGUUUAUGCUCCUGAGAAAUCGGCUAUUAUAUGGAAAAUUAAACAACUUUCCGGGGGUCAAGAAUAUUUAAUGAGAGCUGAACUCGGAUUGCCUAGUGUUAAAAGAGUUGAAAUAAAUACUAAAAAAAAACCUAUAACUGUUAAAUUCGAAAUCCCGUAUUUUACUGUCUCUGGAAUUCAAGUAAGAUACUUAAAAGUUGUUGAACCAAAACUUCAAUAUACAGCAUUACCUUGGGUACGUUAUAUAACGCAGAAUGGGGAUGUUAAUUUUCGUCAAUCAUAA